AUGCAUCAGGGCCACCUGGAGGGCUUAUUAAUAGACAGAUUAAAGCAAGACAAAGAACUGGACCAGGAGAGGGCCGCCGCCAACGAGCAGCUCACCAGAGCUGUCCUCCGUGAGAGGCUCAACAGUGAGCAGGAGCGCUCCAGGGCCAACCACCUGGAGCUCGAAGCCAAAGCGAAGCAGCUGGAAGAGAAAGAUCGGGUGAUAAAGAAGCAGGAUGAGUUCUACAAAGAGCAGCUGGCUAGACUGGAGGAGAGGAGCUCAGAGUUCUACAAAGUCACCACUGAGCAAUAUCAGAAAGCUGCUGAAGAGAUGGAAGCUAAGUUCAAGCGGUAUGAUUACCAUCCGGUCUGUGCUGACCUGCAGGCCCAGAUUCUCCAGUGCUACCGCCAGAACACCCACCAGACCCUCAGCUGCUCUGCUCUGGCCGCCCAGUACAUGCAGUGUGUCAACCAGGCCAAACAGCUGCCGUCAAGUGGAUUCCGAACCAUGACGACCCUGUGUGUUGUAGAGGAGGACUAG